AUGAAGAGCACAGACUUUGAAAUGAGGCUUAUAGAGAGGUAUGGGACUGGGGUGAUUCCAAAAGAAGAGGUUGAAAGUAUAUUGAAUGAAGCUGUUGAGAGCAAUGUUAUAGAGAGAGAUGAGAUAGGAAAAUGGGAGAAGGAAGAGGAAUACACGGUUCCAAGGCUACUUCGACUGAUGCGGAAAUGGAGAACGGAUUUCCUAAAGGAUUCGUUCAGCAUAAAUGACAUUUCCUGUAAAGACGAGGGUCGCUAUGAUGAUAGAUGUCUAGAAGAGAACGAGCUUAGGAAGUUUGAAUAUAACGAAGACACCAAUGCCAAUGACUCCUUUAUGACAACAGAUGAAGCAUUCCUUUCUUCCCUUAGAGACAAGACUAGGAUAAUCACAUCAAGAGGGAGUAGUAAUGGAAAGAGAAUUGUAAGAAAUGUUUUAAAGGCAUGGGAGGAAUAUGAAAGACUUCCAACAAAAAAGAGGAGCCGGAAAUGGUAUUUUCUUGGCCUUUUGGCUGUUCCCAUGUAUUUCUUCUUAUAUGUCCAGAAGCCAUUCUAA